AGAUAAGGAAGAAGGGUAGAGUUUUUUACACUCAAGAUUAAGAUGUUAUUCACACAAUUUAACAUAAAAGAGAGCAGAAAUUGUGCAGAUCUUUUCCCAAUGUGCAUUGUUUCCAAGCAGCUUUACAGCAAACAUUUUGGAAAGACAAAAAGGGCUAUUUUUACGCUCCCACAAAUCCCAUUUAAGAUCCAGAUACACCUAACGUUAAAUUGUCAGACCAUUUCACUUAUGAACUCUUUGAAGUGUAAAUGAACCGAUGCACAUUUACAUUUUCACGAACUGAUGUAAUCUAUAAAACACAUGUGAGUGAAUGGCACGCAGCAGGUACUCAAGAUGUAACCCUUGCUUUCCUUAGGAAAGCCUAUAGUAUCUUCGAGCUCCUAUCCUGUUCCCAUGCUUGAAAUGGUGCUAUAUUUUUCCCAAGGCUGACCUGCUGCCAAUUCUUUUGCGCUCCUUAUGCAGAAACGGGAGAGCGCGGAUACUUGGUUUUGUAAAAGCAGUGCACGGCGGUCACGCACUGCAACCACUCAACCUCCAAUUACGAUCACAAGUUUGACAUCACAGCCAUUUCCCUGCAAAUGUCACGUAAUCAUAUGUGAUUAGCACAUGAAUGCAAUGUACAGACGGCUUAGAACUAGUCAACUAAUGAAAUAAAACCCCGAGCACGAACUGAGAAUCUACAGCCUUAUUUUCCCCUUAAUUGGCUUAUUAAGGAGGUCAAAAGAUCAUGUUUUCAGUUUACGUACAGUCUCAUGCAAUAGAAAAGCGCACAGCUGGGUGCAUUGUUUCAUCUCCGUUCCCCCCACCUACACCAUCAGCUCAUGAUUUCUUAAUUCAUCAUUGCCCUCCCAGACUUCCUCUGGCCGGCCAUCACGGUUAAGAGUGCUGAACUUGUAUAGACAUAUAGCACGGUGAUGAUAAGAGCCUUAAAGCUGCGCUAUCAGCAGGGAGGGGCUAGCUGUCGCCCUUUUGGUGUGAGGGGGAGGUGCUGAAGGGAGUACAGGCAGAGAGAGGGAGAGGGAGAGAGAGGUGGGAGAUAGAGCUUUGCGCUAGGUUGGGAGGGAAUGUCCACUAGAUGCAGUUGCCCAUAAUAGCGUGUAUCAGCAGCAGAGCGGCGACUGCGAGCGCACCCAGAGAGGAGAGAACACAGGCAGCGCAGGAGUCUCUUACAAUGAGAGCAGCGAGAUUGAUUCGGGAGAAGAGUUAGAGAAAGAGCUGCGAGAAAGAUUGAGCGCGUCUCAUCCUCAGGAGAGGAGAACGGGUGUGGAAGUUAGAAGGCUGUGGGAACUCAUCAGCUCUCUCUGUGGAAAGGCAGUGCUGAGGUCAGCAAGCAGAAGUGUGGGAAGCAGCUGAACCGAAAAGUUCAAAUCGACGUGCACCUGCCGGUGGAUCUAACGCUUUCGUAUAAUGCAGGGGGGCUGUGGGGCCAUCGAACCGUUCCCUCUUUAGUUCUACAGCGUCGGUGUCUGGACAACUUUUUUGUGUGAAGUAGAAAGCCUGCUUUUAAGGAUUAGUGCACAAGUUCAAGGUUCUUGAGGGUUUAUCCGAGAGACAUGAUAGAGAAUGAAUUAAAGCACGAGCCUUCCGUUUCAGAGCAUGGAGAAGUCAAGUAGCGAGGAAUCUGCCAUCCACCGUAGCCCCUCCGUGGACAGUCGCGACUCCGAUUUCCCUCAAGCCUCCACCUCCGAACGCCCGUUCGGAGGACGAGGUUUCACCGCCGGCGCAUUUUACGGGUCCACGGGUCCCCGUGCGCAGAGCGCCUCUCAGAGCGGGGAAGACAAAAGCAACAAUAAGUACAAGGCUCCUAAAGGCAGCAAGUACGUGGUCUUUUACCUGGAUCUAUCCUUUGUGUUCCUUCUAGAGUUCAAGAAGUUCAACAUGGCGAGAGGCUGCCUGUGCUGUCUGAAAUACACGAUGUUCGUCUUCAACCUCAUCUUUUGGUUGUGCGGCUGCGGGCUGCUGGGAGUUGGAAUUUGGCUGUCUGUGUCUCAGGGCAGCUUCGCAACCUUCUCUCCCUCCUUUCCAUCCCUCUCUGCUGCCAACAUGGUCAUCGCCAUAGGCGCCAUUGUCAUGGUGACGGGCUUCCUCGGUUGCCUGGGCGCCAUCAAGGAGAACAAGUGCCUGCUUCUGAGCUUCUUCAUUGUGUUGCUUAUCAUUCUGCUGGCCGAGCUGAUCUUACUCAUUCUUUUCUUCGUCUACUCUGAUAAGGUCAGUGAGAAUGCCAAGCAGGAUCUAAAGGAUGGUCUUGCUCUCUACAACACAGACAACAACAUUGGGCUGAGAAACGCCUGGAACAUCAUUCAAGCUGAGUGGAAGUGUUGUGGAGUAACUGGGUUCACAGACUGGCAUGAGGCUCUGAAAGAAAAGGUGGUGCCGGACCGCUGCUGUCAGGAACAUUAUCAGGAGUGUGGCCGCAAUUCCACCACCAUGUUUUGGACACGGGGCUGUUACGAGAAGGUGGAAGAGUGGCUUGACGAUAACAAGCAUCUACUCGGAACAAUCGGCAUGUGUAUCUUGGUUGUUCAGCUCCUGGGCAUGGCUUUUUCCAUGACGCUCUUCCAUCAGAUUCACAGAAGCGGGAAGAAAUACGACGCCUGACGAGGACGCCCCUCGAGGGAGGAGCCCUGGUGCAUUAUGGGAAAGACUCUGGAGGACCGCUCAUGCAUUUCCUCCUCUUGUAUCUAACUUCCACCCCUGGCCGCCCGUUUCCCCAUUAACUCCCGAGCUCCUCACACCAUACCAUCCUGUAAAGACCUCAGCCACGGUCACUCUCUCCUCUGCUCUUUCCCCCCUCCACUCAUCUGCCAAAGAGACCCAGGGACAAAGAGGAACGAGAGGACCGUCAUCCUUCCCAUGAGGCCGCUUACUGACUUUGUCCCACCAACUCCUCUAGAACCUUCAUUUUGUGCUUGAACUAACUAUCGGUUGCAGAAUGGAGACGAGGUCUGCGUGGCUUUACUAAUACGUAAAUCCCCCCCUGCCCUGCGAGGACGACGUGAGACUGGUAGUUCAGAAACUUUCAGGGUGUGAUGAACUGAAAGGCAUUGUCAUCCUCCCUGUCUGCCGUGUUAAUGACAAACAGCUUCUUUUUUAGCAUGUUAGCAGUUUUUUACCAGACGGAGAUCUUUGUCAUUUUUGGUUUUCUUUUUACAAGUGACUUUUCCCCAAUCCUGUCGAUAUCGUUUUUUCGACUGAGACACCGACUUGAGCGAGAUACAGAAGAAACUCCAGGUGGCUUUGGAUGGUCAGAGUUUGUGUGCGUUGUUUUUCCUUGUGUGUAAAGGUUUGUGAUUGAGAAUUUGAGAGGGCAUUGAAAAGCGCCGAAGGAUUGAGAACUAUACAACCUAACGUCAGUAUUAUGAAUAGAAAGUCACCUUAUCCAGACUGUCAGGUUAACCAGGCUUCCAAGUACUGACGAUACCUAAUACCUGCAAAAAUGUUGUCAACAAGUAAAAGGUCAGUUUUUAUUAAGAGAAGCGGAGGAAGGAAAGUGUGCCAAGCAUUUCAAAAGGGCAGAUCUUUGUGAAUUUGACCACCACAAAUAAACAUUAAGACAGAGCUUGGAACAGCAUCUUUCCUCUUUUCAGAGCUAAUGCAUGUCAUCGAAAGUCCCUUGCAGAGGUGUUCACUACAAAGUGCACGUGAGAAUGAGCGACGGUCACCUUCACGUACAGCAGAGAUGCUGCCUUUGAGUCAAAGGUUGGUUGUAUUUAUGAGAAUUUCUUUUAAACGCUAUUUGGUUUUUGCACAGGUUUCAAUCGUGAACAGUUUUCCUUGAACAUAUUGUUGUCAAGCUUUCCAGAAAUGACUCAUUUAGCUGUUUAUGAGCGGACAUGCUUGCGCAACUGUAUUUCCCAACAUCCUUUGUUGACGACAGGAAAAUGGAGGUCAAGAUAAAAAAAAGCAUCAAUUAUAGACCUAGUGCACCUAUGCUCGUGGUAUAUUGUCUUAGUACUAAAUAAAACUAAGCUGCUGUCAUAAGAAUGAACUUCCCAUGAGGACCUGGAGGCAGAACAUUAAACCUCAAUUAAUCACCAGAACUAAUAAAAAUAUGAAAUCAAACAAUUUGAUAAAUUAGGACAAGCGCCGUCAAGCCAUGAACCACGGAGUACAGAACAAAAAUGAUCGAACAACUUGUGUACGUUUGUGGAGCGCAAUCCACCCCCCAUAAUUCAUCGGAGAAAAACAGCCCGCUGCGUUUCUGUUUCCGCACACCUCAGCUUUAUCGCCUCUGCUCUUCUUCGCCUUAUUUUCUCUCUCCAUCUGCUUUCUCUUCUCGAGCAUCGGGCUAGAACGGUUUGUGUUCUCUAACAUUCCUGCUGAAUGAGGCGUUAAUGCGUCUGUAUCACAUGCCCUGAGGGGACUUGCUUUAAGAUGCGUCUUGAUGAAGGAGUUUUGAAGCGAAAGUGUGUUUACCAGCCGACAGUUUGGAGGGUUUAAAAUCAUGUAGCUGUAGAUCAGGGCGUGAUGAUGGCUGUUAGCGGCCAGUAUAAGUGGGGUUAUCUGAUGGGCUCUCAUCUAGACUGUCACUGAGACGCAUGCCUUCUGUUUUAACCUUCUCUGUGUGUGUGUGUGUGUUUCAUUUGAGUGUCAGAGAGACAUAAAGGAGCUCUGGAGAUAAGAGAAAAAUAAUAACAGCUCUCAUCCUGUCAGGCACUAACUGUCACGCUAUCUUUCGGCUUACUGUACUUUAGAAAAAUAGCUGUGUAUUAAGAAACAGUCGGGACCAGAAGCGACAGCUGCUUCUGAUGGUUAUCCUCUCUUGGUGGAGAGUAAAGAGUAAGUCGGGUUCUGGUGUGAAUGAGUAAAGGAACUCUCUCACUGUAUAUUGCAGCUUUAAGAGACGCCUAUAGUUAUUACCAGAUCAGAGAAGGUGAAAUAUUAGGAAAGAAACGGCACAUAUUGUCUCGCCCACAUGCUGCCGGCAAGCACACAACAGUUCCAAAUCUGUAUACAUGGUUUUAUGUUAACGCAAGCGGAGAUUUGUGACCCCCAACUUACCUUUCGGUGCACAUUCACAAGCAAUAGAGUGCCUGUAGAUUUCUAAUAACAAUCAUAAGAAACCAAGAAGAACUGGUUAAACUUGUCGCUCCAAUAUUUGGUAUUUAGACUGCGAUACCAAGCUCAACCGCUAGAUGUCAAUGUACCAUACGGUUUGUUGUAAUGCGAGCAAAUACAAGACCCAUUCAACAAAUUGUUUAUUUCAUACAGUUUUUAUACAGUAAAAUAAUAAUACAAACUAAUAUGAACAUAAAUUAAAUUAUAUAAAAAUAGUUAUAUUAUUAGACGCUAGCCAAACACGAACCGGAAGUUAACUGGGGGUCAGGCGCACGCGUCCAAUGAUGAAACGGUCUAUACAUUUCUUUCUUCUGAUGAGCACAGAGAAAGAUGUUUGGAAGAGUUCUUGUAACCAAACAGUUCUUGGCCGCCAUCGACUAGCAUGGGAAAAAUUACUUAAUAAAUUUCUUCGUUCUGUUGAACAGAAAAGAAGAUAUUUCGAAGAAUGUAGGUAAGCAAACAGUUCUGGGGCACUUUUGACCGCCGUUGUAUUUUUUUGUACUGUGGGAGUCAAUGGUGGCCAAGAACUGUUUGAUUACAAGCAUUCUUCCAAAUAUCCUUCUUAUCAGAAAAAAGAAAUGUAUACAGAUUUGGAACAACAUACAGAUGAGUAAAUGAUGACAGCAUUUUAUUUUGGAUGAACUGUUUCUUUAAAGUCAACAUCAAAGCAAAUCUGAUCCUAUUUACUUUCUCAGUACAGGCAGAAUUCGGCAGGGUUAUACAAUUGAAAUGCAUCAUAUUAGAGCAGUAAACAAGGUUGCGAAUGCCGUUGCAUGUUGACCUUAAGGAUUCUGUUAAAUGUGACCUUCAAUUAGUCUUGAAAAUUGAUAAGCAAGAAGAAACAAAGCAGCCACAGUCAACAUUAUGAGCAUCAGUAAUGGAAAUGUGUUUGUGUUAAACCUGGCAGUCUGGCUUCAAACCAAUUUCCUUUGAAGAACACCGUGGAGUUAACUAAGGUUUUUUAACGCUUUUAUCAAACUGAAUCACUGAACUCAGACUGCAAAAUGAAAUUUGUGAACUAUGUUGACAUGAAAGCUUUCCAAGGUCAGGCGCUGUUUAACAGUUUGGAACUGUUUGUUUGGUCCUCGCUCCUAUGUUUUUAAUUUUGUAAAGAUUUCUCUUUAAAAAAAUUCAAAAUCACUCGCACUAUUUACCCACGUGAAAACCCACUUUCCUUUCAUCCGUUCGAGCUGUUAUUGACUUCCACCAUGUGAACCUGAAUUUGUCAGAUGCUUUAAACGAACAGCAGAUAAAGUGUACAAUGACACAAUGAUGAAAAACAACCAUCGAUGGGUUGAGGGUAGCGCUUUUAUUAUGUUUUAUUAUUUUUCCCCAUGUUUUUGCACUGUGUCAAGCUUAAUGCAUGUAAACAAUGUUACUACAAAUCAUCUCAUGACUGUACCAUAGGGCAUACUGUUUCUGUUGUGUAACAUGAAUAGAGCGGUUUGGUGUAUCUAUUUUUACCUGUUUUAAUGUGUUCGUCAAAUUUCUAAAGGUGCGAGGGUAAUUGCCUAAAUGAUAAAUGCCUGUUUUUUCACUCAAGGGUUGUGAUGUCUUUCUUUUUUGUACAUUUUUCAUGGUUCGAAGUUGUCAUUUUUAGUUUGUCAGAUGUUUUGUUAGAAUAAGGCUAUUUUAAGCCUUGUUUUUUCUAUUAGAAAACCUUUCAUUUCUUUUCUUUUUUACUGUCCUAAUGUCCUUAAAUCUGUUGGUUUUUCCCAAUGGAACCGGCAAAUGCAGUUAAUAUUUAUCAUACAGUA